AUGUAUGAUAAGGAGAAAGAAGUAACAAUUUAUGCGACAACCGAAAAAUUAAGGUAUAACCCUAAACCGUUAAGUUGCCAAGAUAAAGUUAUUGAUGAAUCUGAUGAUGAAAAUGAGACAGACUCAGUUUGUCCAAGUCAAGAAAGCUAUCAUAGUCCUCAUAGUUCCGAUAACGAAUAUGAGCUUCUAAAUUAUGGGGAAACUUAUGCAUAUAGUAAGUAUGUCAUUGAGAAAAGUGAUUUGACAAGACUUACAACAUGUUGUGGAGAUAAAAAGUGCAAGUGGAGAAUUCAUGCUUCUCUUACACAAGAUGGGGUUACUUUUGAAGUAAAUUUUUUUAUAGAAACUCAUUCUUGUACUCGAAGCAACAAGAGUGGUAACAAACAUGCCACUCAAGGAUGGAUUGCUGAUGUUGUUACCAACAAGUUGAAAUCUGAAGGCGAUGUCUCUCCUGCCGACCUAAAAAAGUGGAUUAUGCAUACCUACAAUGUUGAAGUACCAUAUAUGAGAGUCUUUAGAGGAAGAGAACAAGCUUAUACCGAUAUGUAUGGCAAGUGGGAUGACUCUUAUGCAUAUAUAUAUGAUUUCAAAAAAGAACUUGAAAAAAGAAACCCAGGAAGUGUGGUGGAGAUUGAUUUACAGACAGUUGGUGAAAAGAAACAUUUCCUACGCUUUUUUAUAUCAUUAACAGCAUGCUCUAAGGGGUUUCUUGCUGGUUGUCGUCCUUACAUUGGCUUGAUGCUUGUCAUUUGA